AUGGAUCACGAUCAGCAGAUCAAGGCCAACAAGGGCCCCAAGGCCUGCGCUACCUGUGCCAAAGCAAAGUCUCGUUGCAUUCCUGGUCCGACAGAUGAUGUGUGUGAGAGAUGCCACCGUCUAAACAAGCCCUGCUCAGCACAAACCCCAGCUCCUCCUCGCAAGAGGAAAGCCCCCAAGCCGACCCGUGUCGCGGAGCUGGAGAAGAGGCUCGAGGACCUCAGCGCCCGCGUCGAGUUACGGCAGGGCCUGCCCCCAACGCCAUCCGAUGGGGGCUCUCCGGCUGGGCCGGCUGAGAGUAACGGUCCGCCUGCGAAGAAGCGGAAGACCUGGAUGUCCGACGCUCCGCCUCCUGCAUUUGGCUACAUCUUCGCCGGCGAAGACAGUCAGAGCCAGCCCGAGGCCCAGGAGGACAGUCCCAACCAACAUCGCUCGCCUCAAAGCCCAGUCCUCCCUCGUAAGACUCUUGGUGUUGCGACGCCAGUUCUCUGGGAUGAUCGGGAUAAGACUUCUCGUUCCUCGUCCUCCUAUCGCACGCAGCAGCACUGGAGUGGCGGAUUUUCACAUGUACUAGAUGCUGCUGUGUCACCCAGUACUCAGAGCAUUGCUAAAGCAGGGCCGGAAUGGCCCAAAGGGGAGGAGGCCGAGCGGCUCUUGGCCGAGUAUCGCGAGUACAUGGAGCCCGUCUUCCCGUUCAUCGUCAUCCCGAGGCAUAUGAACUCGGAGCAGCUUCGCAAAGAGAGGCCGUACCUGUGGAAGGCUGCGAUCAUGCAGACUCUAUGUCUGGAUGCGAGCCGCCAGCUUCCAUUGGGAAACGAGCUGCUCAACGAUAUUGUGACGUCGUCGUUCCUCCAGCCGAAGAAGAGCUUUGAUCUCUUGCAGGGCUUGGAGAUCCUGGUCGCCUGGUUCCAUGUGAAGCUGCAGAGCUUCCAAAUAACCAAUCUCCUCUACCUCAUGCGAUCAAUGUGCGUCUCUCUCGGCUUCUCGGAGUCGCAGGAGGCGAUGAAAAACCAGGAGCACGAUUCGACCAGCCUAGAACAGAAGCGGGCUUUCACAGGCGUGUAUUACCUAGUGACAAUGAUAUUCACCACGAACAAGAAGCCUGACGCCUUCAUGAAUACCAGCUACUUGGAGUCGUGCUGCCGGGUGAUCGAAGAGAAGAUGGAGUACCCGACAGAUGAGCUGAUUGCCUACCUCAUCCGGACCCAGCAGCUCUCGCAGUCCAUUUCUAUGACGCUGGCCUUCCGCAACACCAGCCUGCCUCUGUCGAUGAUUAUCAAAAGCUUCCGAGAGCAGAUCGGACAGCUACGAGCCUCAAUUCCUGACACAGUCAAGAAACACACUGCCAUCAAAACCCAGCUCCACAUAGCAGAAAUCCUGCUCUACGAGGUCGGCAUCCACGAGGAGCUGUCGGCGGCGCUGACGAUGACGGAGCGCCUUGAGCUGCUGUGGGAGUGCCUCAAGGCGACGCGGUCGAUGCUCGAGGCGCGGUUCGAGGUGCCGAUGGUGGACCGGCCGCGGCAGACGUGCCUGGCGUCGUUCGACUACACGUACGCGAUGCUGACGUCGCUCAAGCUGUCGACGCUCGCGCUGCCGGGGUGGGACCUCGGGCUUGUCCGUCGCGAGCUCGACGCCGCCAAGUUCUUGGACAUGCAGAUCCACGAGGUCAAGUGGCUCCUCGAGAAGCGCAGCCGCGGCGCGUGGCGGGCCGACGGCAAGGGCGCCCGUGCCUCCCUGCGUGCCACGCUGGACCCGCUCGAGACGCUCUACAAGCGGCUGAUGGAGCUCCGCGUGCCGCUCAGGGCGGAGCUGGCCGCCGCGGUGGAGCGCGAGGUCGACAUUUCUGAGGCCGAGGGCGUGCUGGCGGCGCCCGCUACUGCUGCGGUACCCGGGGUGUCGCCCUCGGGGGUCUCUCUCGGGGAGGAGCAGCUCGCUGCUGAUCCGACCAUGCUCGACUUCACGCAGGACCCCGAGGGCCCGUUCUGGCAGGACAUGUACCGCGUGAACGAGUGGGAGACCAAUUUCUCGUCGCUAUUUGGGUGGGGCUUGGAUGACCAGGGCGGGCCGGCGUAUGCAGUCUCGAGGCUGGACAACCCGGGCAAUCUGGUGUCGCAGGUCCCGACGGCCCUGAGAUGA